CGUGCGACCAAUAUACAAGUUGACAAUGAUGUUCUACAAAUUCAUGCUCAUUUUAGCCAUCGUUGCUGCAAACAUUCCUGUAAAUAAAGGUUUAAUUUCUUGUACGAAAUCUGUGAUAUUUACAAAAUAUGGAUUUCGACCGAUGUCAGCCGAAGACACUACUAUUCUGACCACCAAAGCUGGCAGUGCAACUCAAUGUACACAAUUCUGCCUGAGUCGCGUACAAUGUCAGUCAAUCGUAUACCACAAUGUAACCAGACUAUGUGAAUUGUUGUCCAGUGUAAAGCAACAUGACCACAAAAACACAGAAACAGGCCACGUACAAUACAUCAGUUAUCAGCCGAGAGAUUGUAGUGACUUGCUGAAGAUAGGCGUGGGUUUUCACAGCGGAAUUUACAUUAUCUAUCCGAAAGGUGAGAACAACUCGCGGCCUGUAUACUGUGAUAUGGAAACAGAUGACGGUGGAUGGACGCCAGGUCUUGGCUCUUCUCAACGCACUAAAUGA